AGAGAAAAUUGGCCUGAAAUGCAUCCCGAAACCCACGUGGAAAGGGUGGGCCCAAUCUCCACAGCCCACCAAACACGCGGGAGAACUAAGCUCCAAAACUCACUUUUUCAAAAAAUUACGGAAAACUAAUACAGUGCACACUUUUUCAAAUCAAUACACACUUUCUUUGAGUUCUCUCUCUCUCCAAAACGAUUCCAGAGCCCAAGCCUUCCCACAUAUGCCGGCCCAUCACCGAUCGACCACCACUGCCGACGCCGGGUCUCCACCACUGGAGCCCCCACCGACGAUCGGCCCACCACCCGGGCGCCACAUUACGAUUUGUGCGUAAUAGGGCUGUGGCGAUUUCUUUCCCUUAACUGAAUAAUGGAAAUAGAAGAUCCGAAUUUGGAGGAAAAUCAGAAUUCAGAGGUGGUAUUGGAACCUAAGGUUGGAACGAGAUUUGAUUCUGAAGACAAAGCCCAGGAAUGUUACACUAUUUAUGCAAAAGCAAAAGGUUUCGGUGCGAUCACAAUAACCUCUAAGAAGGUUAACAAUGUAAAGUCGUAUGUAACUUAUGGUUGUCAUCUGAGUGGAAAUGCCAGGCCAACAGGUUCGAAUCCUGUUAAAUCCCAUCCAACACCCAAAACAGGUUGUAAAGCCCAUAUGAAUAUCUCUUUGCUAGUUGAUGGGAAGUGGAAGUUGAGUUCAAUUGAACUGAAGCAUAAUCAUGAAAUGGACCCGGAAAAAGUGAAAUAUCUUCGGUGCUACCGGGCUCUCCCACCAAAUGUGAAGAGAACAAUUGAAUUGAACAGGGCUGCCGGAAUCAAUAUGAACCAAAUUGUUGCCUCAUGUGUGAUUGAGGCAGGGGGGCCUGAUAACCUAACUUGGACAGAUAAGGAUGCAAGAAAUUACAAGGAUAAAGAAAGGCGUGUGCAACUCCAAGAAGGGGAUGCCGAUGCAAUGCAUAAGUACUUUGUCAGAAUGCAAAAAGACAACAGUGACUUCUUUUAUGCCAUUGAUCUUGAUGAAGAUGACCGAUUACGGAAUGUCUUUUGGGCCGAUGCAUACAGUAAAGAGUUAUACAAAGAGUUUGGCGAUGUGGUCACCUUUGACACGACUUACCUUGUUAACAGGUUUGACAUGCCUUUCGCACCAUUUGUAGGGGUCAAUCAUCAUGGACAAUCGAUUUUGUUUGGAUGUGGUUUGAUAACACGGGAGAAUACGGAUUCAUUUGUAUGGUUGUUUCGGACUUGGCUUUCUUGCAUGUUCGAUUCAUACCCUAAUGCCAUCAUCAUAGACCAAUGUAGGGCCAUGCAAAAUGCGAUAAGUGUUGUCUUUCCAAACACACGACAUCGUUGGUGUUUGUGGCAUAUCAUGAAAAAAAUUCCUGACAAGUUCAAGAAUUGCAAUGAGUAUAAGGAGAUUAAAACUUCCCUCAAGAGUGUUGUGUAUGAUUCUUUGGAUCCAAAGGAGUUUGAACAAAAUUGGGAAAAUCUCAUCAAACAAUUUCAUCUACAUGACAAUGAGUGGUUUGCUGGAAUGUACAAGGAGCGGCAUCGAUGGGUACCGGCAUUUGUUAAGGAUACCUUUUGGGCUGGGAUGUCAACAACUCAAUGAAGCGAGAGCAUGAAUGCCUUCUUUGAUGGCUACGUCCAUUCCAAUACCAGCUUGAAGGAAUUUGUGGACCAAUAUGAGAAUGCUUUACGUAAGAAGGUGUGAAAAGAACAAGAGGCAGACGCUCAUUCCUUGCACUUUCAAAUUCAAAAUGUGUCUCCUUGUGGGUUUGAGGACCAAUUUCAGCAAGCAUACACAGUUGAGAAAGGCAACCAAUUCCGGGACCAAGUAGCCCAAAAGAUUGGGUGCAAUUUGACUACUGGACCGGUAGUGAAUGGGAUUUCACAGUUUCAAAUUGAACAAGACAUUCGAGUUGGAAAGAAAAUAUAUAUAUUUAAGACUUUUACUUUCCUUGUUCAUUUUAAUGAGGAGACAAGAGAAGCUUAUUGCAAUUGUCAAUUUUUCGAGAGUAAAGGAAUGGUGUGCGCGCAUACGAUCUCGGUAUGGUCAAAAAAGAAGCUUGAAGAAGUGCCUGAAAAAUAUGUUCUACGACGAUGGAUGAAAAAUUUGGUGAGGAGUCACACAAAAGUAAAGGUGAGUUAUGUGGAGUGGCAAUGCGAGCCCGAAUUUGCUCGCUUUGAUAGAAUGUUGAAGGUAUUUAAAGAGGCAGCUGAUGUUGCCAUGUAUUCCACUGCCAAUACUGAUAGGAUGGUGGCUAGGUUGAAAGAAAUUAAAGCAGAGAAUGACUUAGACGAUGAGGAGUGUCCAAGCAACAUGCCAACGGUUGGAGAUGUACAAAAUGGUUUGGAAAGGUUUCAAGAUGGAUCAAUUACUGUGGGCGAUCCAAGUAAAGGACCUCGGAUAGGGCGACCGCCGGAGAAGAGAAAGCAAUCAAUGGGUGAGCAAAUUAAUAGGAAGAGUGCGCAAUCAAACAAAAGGGUCCAAUGUAGUCGCGCCAAUGCAAAGAGUAUACCGGUAUACCAACCACCAUGCAUUCCUUUCAAUGUUUUACAUAAUUAUGUGCAUUGGUUUGUAUGGUUUAGUAUUGGACUUUAUUCUGCUUCAGGAUGUGGAAGUCCACACUCAUGCUACGGGAUUUCAUGAGAUUGUCACGCAAGAGAGUCGAUACGUUACUGUAAGUAUGACUUCAUUUGUACUACAUCGAGUCUUUUCAAUUUUUUUGUUUCUUGUUACUAUAAUUUGUAAUUUGAAUUGGUUACGAUUUCAGCCAUCUCAGGGAAGUGUAGGAUAUAUUGGUACGUGAAGCUAUGACCUUAAUGAAUCUCCAUGUGAU